AUGGAUGCUGAAGUCGACCAUUAUACUGUUCUGGGCUUGCCGUCUGGUGAGGAAGGUGCCAAUCUUACCGACCAAGAGAUCAACAAAGCCUAUCGAUCCAAGGCUCGCGAGCUGCAUCCCGACAAGAGGCGUGACGACCCUAAUGCGCACGCCAAUUUUCUUAAGCUCCAGACCUCGUACGAAGUCCUCAAGGACGAAAAGGCCCGGAAAUUGUUCGACGACCUACUCAGAGUGAAAAGGGAAAAGCUCAUCCGUCAGGGGCAACAAGAUUCCAAGCGCCGGAAGAUGAUGUCAGAUCUCGAGGAAAGGGAGAGGUCUGCUUUCGCCGUGGACCCCACCGUGAGAGUUCGGGAGGAAGAGGAGAUGAUAGCCAGGAAGCUGAAGGAUGAGAUCAAUAGAAUUCGGGCAAUGCACAAGAAGACUAUGCCGAAUGAUGAUGCAAAACCUUUCGGGGGAGAUUCCAGACCAAAGGGAAAAGAAGGAGGUGAUGUUGCGGGUGUGGCGUUGGAUAAGGAGAAGGUUCUUAAAGUCUCGUGGGAGAAGGUUGGAAAAGACUACACGGCUCAGGGGCUUAGGGAGAUUUUCGAGGAGUUUGGUGGUGUGGAAGAUGUGGUCAUCAAGAGCUCUAAAAAGAAAGGGUCGGCUCUUGUGGUAAUGGCGUCCAAGGACGGUGCUGUUGCUGCUAUUGGGAAUGUGUUGGGUAACCUUUCGAAUCCUCUGUUAGUUUUGCCUCUACAACCGGCCGCAUCACCAGUCGUUUUCAGUGUGGAGAAAAAUGAGGCCGAUGGCCCAAAACUGAGCAAUCUUGUUGGUGCUGGAUAUCAGGCACGUGAAGAUUCGAUUCUCGAGAAAAUGAGAAAGGCUGCACAGAGGCAGAAGUGA